CUUUUUUUUUCUUGUAAUAAUCUCUUUUUUUUUUUUAAUUAUUCGUUCUUCUUCCAAUAACUUGUUUCUAUCAUCUUCCUUGUUUCGUUUUCUCUCAAAUCUUAAAUCCUCCGGUUUAGUAGUCAACGGUCAGCGAUCUCGGCGUUUUCAAAUCGGAAACACAUAGCUCUGAGAGACUAUUUGGUUAUCGAUUUGGGUUGGUCUUCUCUUCAAAUUAUAGUCAACGGUUGAAAACGCGUCAAGGGCUUUUGUCAUUGAUUCGAGAUUCUAUGAAGGAGAGUUGUUCUAGGGUUCGUUUUUAAUCUGCGAGGAAUGAUGAAACCUAGCUUCUUGUGGCUUCUUCUUGUUUUCGAUUUGGUUCUCAGAGUAGCUGGCAACGCCGAAGGUGAUGCUUUGAGUGCACUGAAGAACAGUUUAGCAGACCCUAACAAGGUGCUCCAGAGUUGGGAUGCUACACUUGUUACUCCCUGUACAUGGUUUCAUGUUACUUGCAAUAGUGAAAAUAGUGUCACACGUGUUGACCUUGGGAAUGCGGAUCUAUCUGGUCAGCUAGUAAUGCAGCUUGGUCAGCUCCCAAACUUGCAGUACUUGGAGCUUUAUAGCAAUAACAUUACUGGGACAAUCCCAGAGCAGCUUGGAAACUUGACGGAAUUGGUGAGCUUGGAUCUUUACUUGAACAAUCUAAGCGGUCCCAUCCCAAAAUCUCUUGGCCGACUACAGAAACUCCGUUUCUUGCGUCUUAAUAACAAUAGCUUAUCUGGAGAAAUCCCAAGGUCUUUGACUGGUGUCUUGUCGCUACAAGUUCUGGAUCUCUCAAACAAUCCUCUCACUGGAGAUAUUCCUGUUAAUGGUUCCUUUUCACUUUUCACACCUAUCAGUUUUGCCAACACCAAUUUGACUCCACUUCCUGCAUCUCCGCCGCCUCCCAUCUCUCCUACACCGCCAUCACCUGCAGGGAGUAAUAGAAUCACUGGAGCAAUUGCUGGAGGAGUUGCUGCAGGUGCUGCACUUUUGUUCGCUGUUCCUGCCAUUGCACUUGCUCUCUGGCGUAGGAAAAAGCCACAGGACCAUUUCUUUGAUGUACCAGCCGAAGAGGACCCAGAGGUUCAUUUAGGUCAACUCAAGAGGUUUUCAUUGCGUGAACUACAAGUUGCUUCUGAUAAUUUCAGCAAUAGGAACAUAUUGGGUAGAGGUGGUUUUGGUAAAGUUUAUAAAGGAAGAUUAGCUGAUAGCACUUUAGUGGCGAUUAAAAGACUGAAAGAGGAGCGCACCCAAGGUGGUGAACUGCAGUUCCAGACCGAGGUUGAGAUGAUUAGCAUGGCUGUUCAUAGGAACUUGCUUCGGCUCCGUGGUUUUUGCAUGACUCCAACAGAGAGAUUGCUUGUUUAUCCUUACAUGGCUAAUGGAAGUGUUGCAUCCUGUUUAAGAGACCGUCCAGAGUCCCAGCCAGCACUUGAUUGGCCAAAGAGACAGGGUAUUGCGUUAGGAUCAGCAAGGGGGCUUGCAUAUUUACAUGACCAUUGUGACCCAAAGAUCAUUCAUAGAGAUGUGAAAGCUGCAAAUAUAUUGUUGGACGAAGACUUUGAAGCCGUGGUCGGAGAUUUUGGGCUUGCAAAACUCAUGGACUACAAAGACACACAUGUAACAACCGCAGUGCGUGGUACGAUUGGUCAUAUAGCACCUGAGUAUCUUUCCACUGGAAAAUCAUCCGAGAAAACAGAUGUGUUUGGUUAUGGAGUCAUGCUUCUUGAGCUCAUUACUGGACAAAGAGCUUUUGAUCUUGCUCGCCUCGCCAAUGACGAUGAUGUCAUGUUACUAGACUGGGUGAAAGGGUUGUUGAAAGAGAAGAAGUUGGAAGCUCUAGUAGAUGUUGAUCUUCAGGGUAAUUACAUAGACGAAGAAGUGGAGAAGCUAAUACAAGUGGCUUUGCUAUGUACUCAGAGCUCACCAAUGGAAAGACCCAAAAUGUCUGAAGUUGUGAGAAUGCUUGAAGGAGAUGGUUUAGCUGAGAGAUGGGAAGAGUGGCAGAAGGAGGAAAUGUUCAGACAAGAUUUUAAUUACCAAAAUUAUAAUCAACCAAACACUGCUUGGCUCAUCGGUGAUUCCACUUCCCACAUAGAAAACGAUUAUCCUUCGGGUCCAAGAUAAGAUUCCUAACACGAAUGCUUUUUCUCUGUCUUUAUUUUUCUUCUUAUGUAUUUAUUGAGGGUUUAGUUUAUGCUGAUCCAUAUUAUUGAGUUCUUUAAGCGAGUACAUGUAUGAAGAUUCUGGUGGGGUUUGUAAGUUGUAAUGUUUACGUGAAAAGGGACUUGAAUAUUUGAAAGCUAAAAACUGAACAAGUUUAUAAUC